CCGAUGGGGGGCGGGACCCCAGGGGGAAGGAAUAGAACAGAUCCACCAAAAAGACCAGACAUUGGAUCAAGAUGACAGGAACCAGUCUAGGGGCCCGCUUAUACCGGCAGAUAAAGAGACACCCCGGGCUCAUCCCAAUGAUUGGCUUCAUCUGCCUGGGCAUGGGCAGUGCUGGACUCUACUUGCUGAGACUGGCCCUUCGCAGCCCCGAUGUCUGCUGGGACAGAAAGAACAACCCAGAACCCUGGAACCGUGUGAGUCCCAAUGACCAGUACAAGUUCCUUGCUGUUUCCACUGACUACAAGAAGCUGAAGAAGGACCGGCCAGACUUCUAAGCCAGGGCCGACAGCUUCCACUCCAUGCCCCAGACCCUAGGGCGUCAGUCUAGCUUCUGCUUACACAGGCUGGAUUCCCACGAAGAGGGGAGGCUCCACCCCCACCCUCCUCCCUUGCUCCCAGUAGAGGAAGGGCCUCUGACCCUCAGCUCGAGUCCCACGUGGGGGAGGGGAGUCAAGACUGCAAGCAACCACUGGGGUUGACCCAAAAAAGGCCCAAGCGGGCUCCCCUCUCCUCCUCCCCCC